UAAUGUCACAUGACCCGUCUACGGUCUGUCAGUGUCCAGAGCAAAAUGCAUCGGUGAAAGGUACUGGAAAGAAGUUUCCUGACGCCACAUCUGCCUUAGGCUACCCUGCUACCUUGUGUGGAAUGGCUGCAGUUUGGCAGCAGGUCUUGGCAGUCGACGCAAGGUACAAUGCUUACCGCACGCCUACGUUCCCCCAGUUCCGCACCCAGUACAUCCGCCGUCGCAGCCAGCUGCUGCGCGAGAACGCCAAGUGCGGCUUUGAGCCGGGGCUGCGCAAGCAGUAUCUGCGCGUACGCAGCCAGCUGCUGGCCCUGCGCUAUGGGCCUCUGUCCGAGCAGAGCAGCUUCAGGGCUAGCAGCGUGCGCAGCUCCCGCACCACGCUGGACCGCAUGGAGGACUUUGAGGAGGACCCUAGGGCACAGGGAGCUCGGGGCCACAGGCGCUCUGUGAGCAGAGGCUCCUACCAGCUGCAGGCACAGAUGAACCGCGCCGUCUACGACGAGAGGCCCCCUGGCAGCCUCGUGCCCACCUCAGUGGCGGAGGCUAGCCGUGCCAUGGCAGGGGACACCACGCUGAGUGAGAACUACGCCUUCGCUGGCAUGCACCACAUCUUUGACCAGCACGUCGACUCGGCUGUUCCAAGACUACAGUUUGCCAAUGACGACAAGCAUCUACUGGCAUGCUGCUCAUUGGAUGGGACCCUGUCAAUCAUGACACUGUCCCCACCUCCUCCGGCGGUCAAGGUGACGCUUCGGGGCCACGCGGGCCCGGUCACUGACUUUGCCUGGUCGCUUAGCAAUGACAUCAUCGUGUCGACGUCUCAGGACGGUACUCUGCGGAUCUGGAAUACAGAGGAUGGGCGCUGCAUUCGGGAAGUGAGCGACCCUGAGGCCAGUGAGCUGCUUUGCUGCACCUUCCAGCCCAUGAACAACAACCUCACGGUGGUGGGAAACAGUAAGCACCUGUUGCAGGUGGUGAACAUCUCCACAGGGAAGAAGGUGAAGGGAGGCUCCAGUAAACUGACGGGCAGAGUCAUGUCCCUCUCCUUCGACGCACCAGGAAAGAUCCUGUGGGCCGGAGACGACAGAGGAAGCAUAUUCUCCUUCCUGUUCGACAUGGCCACAGGCAAACUGACCAAAGCGAAGCGUCUGGUGGUGACAGAGGGAAGCCCCAUCUCCAGUAUCUCGGCCCGCUCCUGGAUCAGCCGUGAGGCCAGGGACCCCUCUCUGCUGGUCAAUGCUUGCGUCAACAAGCUGCUCCUCUACAGGGUGGUGGACAACGAGGGCACUCUGCAGCUGAAGAGGAGCUUCCCUAUCCAGCACGGCUCCCAGCCCCUCCACAGCAUCUUUUGCCCACUCAUGUCCUUUAGGCAGGGGGCCUGCAUAGUCACGGGCAGCGAGGACGCGUGCGUGUACUUUUUUGACGUGGAGCGCAACACCAAGGCCAUCGUCAACAAGCUUCAGGGCCACAGUGGCCCCGUGCUGGACGUCAGCUUCAACUGCGACGAGUCCCUCCUCGCUUCCUCAGACGCCACCGGCAUGGUCAUCAUCUGGAGGCGGGAGCAGAAGUAACCACAGCAACCAACGCCAUGCUUCCACGCGCUAGCGACUACAGCUUGCGCACCGGUCUGUCCGUCCGUUUGUCCCUCUGUCCAUUCCCAUCAUGUGCAAUUAGACCUUUACCUCACUGGGUAAAAGACUCGCUCGUCUCUUCCAGGCUCACAAGCCAUCAAAGAGAAAAUCGCCUUUGUCUGACAAAAAGGGUUGGGGGGGGUUGGAAAAUAGUAAGAGGUGUAUUGCUACCUGUUUGUUUGUAAGUGCGUUAUUAUCACAGUUGCUUAGAAAAUACUGACUGACUGACUUAUACUGGCAGGGAAGUCCCAUACAUGUCCUUAUUUCAGUGGGCAUUUUUGUCUGCUGUCAAUGUUGGUCUGAAAAUGUUUGCACGACACUAUGUGGCACUGCAUUGCAGUGCCUAAUGUAAAGUUAAAAAAAUAAAAACUAAUAUAAAUGAGAUAGAAACAUAUCAAAAUGGGACCUCUUAGAUGAUAUUAUCUCUUUUGUGUGUUUACUGUAAAAGUCAUGCCGGCUUACACUACAAAACCACUCUCUGUUGUAUUUAUGAUAUGCAUUGUUGCGAAAUAACGUUAAUAAAUGACAUAUAUCAGGUC